AGUUAACUAAUAUUAGCAGCUUUUAAUAAAAACCGUCUUUGACAAUACUACUGACCUCAGAUCGAAACACAGCAAGUUAAUUAGGCCUAAUGCCAUAUGCAGCAACGAAUCGCAAAGGGGAGUAUGGAGGAAACUGAAGGUUUGCAGUGACAGACUCUCAAGACUCAGACUUUAUUCCACAUGUAACCAAAGUCGUGUAUGUUCAUGUAACAACUCCUUUAUUAUUUUGGAUUGGCAACCACGUAAACACAUCGUAAUGCAUAGCGUAAGCUACAUUUUAAAACAUCAAAAUAGACCCGCCAUGAACUGUUAAAUGAAAAACACAAUGUAGCCUACAAAAAUAUGCCGCCAGUUGUGCCGUCUGGCCGUCAAGUGUUUCAUCGCAUGCUUGAUACCAAUAGUGUAGGGAAACCGUGACGUUGUUUACCACGUCAUUAUGCGCAUGCGCAGAACGGAUCGUGCAGGCAUCCCGGAUCGUGUACCGACAAGAGCUAAUAGAGGGCUGAUCUUGCGGAUACUUCAAAGAUACUCCUUUCAACAUACUUCGAUUUUGGACAUAUUCAUCGUUAUCGUAUUAAACAUAUGAAUUAAUUAGGAAUACUAUUUAUGACAGAUAGGAUGCGAAUUGUGGCGCAGGGCUUGUCUUUUCAUCCAUUUUUAUGAACUUAAUCGAAUGAUCAAAACUUAAACACACAGAAGGAAAGUAUAGCUAACUGGACGUUUAUUUUAGACAUGUUUAUUAAAGCUGACGACGAAAACAUGCUAAAACCUUCAAUAGAGUUGACAGUAACAUUUCAAAAGAUCGAAAUCGUAUGAAGCAAACAUGCGAUGUAUAGCGCUUCUGCUGCUGGAUAUUCAACUCGCCUUUGCUGGAACACACUCUCUGCAGUACUUCUGCACUGCUGUGUACGGAGACAUUAACAUCCCAGCGCUAACAGUUGUUGGGAUGGUCGAUGGUCAGCAGUUCAUGUACUUUGACAGCAACACAAAUAAAGCUGAGCCAAAGACAGAGUGGAUGAGACACUAUGAUGGCACAGAUUACUGGGACAGACAGACUCAGAUUAUCAUUAAUCGCUAUGAGGAAUACAAAUUCAUCAUGAAAACUAUAAUGUAUCUAUACAACCAGUCUAUGUCUGAAGAUGUUCACACCUUUCAGAUGAUGUACGGCUGUGAGCAGGAUGAUGAUGGUACCACUCGAGGAUACUUGCAGUAUGGUUAUAAUGGAGAAGAUUUCAUCAGUUUUGACAGAAAGACACACAGCUGGACUGCUGGAGAAAUGCAUCCUCAAGCUGUCGAUAUGAUGAAAAAUUGGGCUACAGGUGAAGCUACUACAAAAUUCUGGAAAGCAUACCUGGAGAGCAUGUGCUUUGAGCGAAUGAAGAAGAUUGUGAGGUACAGCAAGGCCACUCUGGAGAGAAAAGUUCCACCUGAAGUGUCUCUACUGCAGAAGAACUCCUCGUCUCCAGUAAUCUGUCAUGCUACUGGUUUCUACCCCAAUAACAUCACAAUGACCUGGAAGAAAAACAAUGAGGAUCUUAAUGAAGAUGUGGAGGUUAGUACAACUUUACCAAAUGAAGAUGGAACGUUCCAGAAGAGCAUCAGCCUCUCAGUGAAGUCUGAGGAGGGGAAGAAGAAUCCAGAUGUCUACAGAUGUGUCAUUCAACAUGUGGGAGCAGAGAAAGAGAUUGUUGUCCCUCUCAAUGAAAACAACAUCAAGUCUAACUCAGCUUCUGACAACAUCAUUGUGAAAUGUUUGGUGUCCAUCACCGUUGCAGUUGUUGUUGGAUGUGUGGUGGCUCUUAUUGUCUUUGCUGUUAAAAAGAGGCUCAUUGUGUGCAGGAAGUGCAGAGAGCUUCAGAGCUCAAAUUUACCAGGCUAUGUGAGCGGCAAUACCACAGAUGCUGCAUAGAAAUGAAUAGAUGAACCACCGCUUUACAGUGAACUUUGAUCUGAUCCGAGUUCUGAGAGGACCAGUCGGUGAAAUCUAGCGGCGAGGUUGCGAAUUGCAACCAACGGCUCACUCCCCCCCCCACCCCUCCCUUUCGAAGCACUACGACGCCUGACACAACAUGGCGAAUUACAUGCAAGGGACCUGCUAUGUAUAUAGAUAAAAAUAGCUCAUUCUAAACAUAAAAACAAAACACUCCGUUACGUAAGCUCUUUAUACUCCUCUGAAUGCAUAGUUAUGUAUGUUAUAUUGAAUUUCUGUCAACAGAUUAAACAAAUUACACACUGGUCCUUUAAAGGUGGGGUGGUUGAUUUGGAAAGGUGCUAAUUUUGAAAUUAUAAUCCCAUCCUCAAUGCGAUUAGCCGUCCAAAGCCACGCCUCCUCCAAACACGUGAAUGUAUUUCGUAAAUCCACGUAAUGAAUUGCAAACUAAAUCCAUUCAAUUCUUCUCGAAGCAUGUACAUACCUGUCCAAAAGUCUUUCAGACCCUUUGCCUGCCGGAGCUGUCUCCAUCGUGUAAAAGCUGAACCGAUGUUAAUUCGAGUUUUUCCUCUUUCAUGAUGCAGAUGUUUUUUCGUCACUGCUUUUUCAAAAACUGACUUUCGUUUUGUAGAUUUACUUGUUAUCGGUUCAGCGGUAAAGUUUGAUUGUUCCUGAUUGUCCCCAUUCUCCCUACAUUGACACAGCGGACGUGAGCGCGCUGAUGACGUAUGAUGUCUGCGUGAACAGGGUGCGCAGUGGUAUGCAAAAUACGUUGGCUGAAAAUGUACACAUGACCAGUCACAGCGUUCGGCCAAAACGUUUUGAUAGGGCGAAUGAUUUUUGGUCCUACGCCUUUCACAGAUGAUAUAUAAUUGAAAAAAAAAUAUUAUUUGACGACCAUACUUCUUGAUUGCUGUCAGGAUGUAAAGAGAUUUCCAACCAACAUGACAAAAAAUGUUUCUGGACAGGAUCACCCACCCUGCCUUUAAAGCAAACUCUGUGCGUGCGUGCGCAUAUUUUUGACUUUUUUGUGAAUGUUUUGAAAGCACAUAUGUGCAUAAAGUUUAUAACUAGAGAUGUGAAUUUUUAAAUAGUUUUUUAUCAAUAAUUAUAUAGUGUGUUGUAUUUUAACUUUUUUGCAAUAAAAGUCUUAAAAUGAUCAUUGAGAAGACAACUAAGAUUAUUUAGUAAGAUCGGCACAUUUGAUUCUUUAAUCACUUCAUCUCUGUAUCUGCCUCGUGUCUGAGAAAAAGAUCUUGAUGUGCUCAAAGCAUGUUUGAAAAUCUUGAUAUUUCUUAAGCAAAACGAAACACAGAGCUUAAAGAAAACUCCACCCCCCAAAAAAUAAAAUGUAGCCCAUGAUUUCCUUACCUUCAUGACAUCCUGAGUAUAUGAUUGACUUCCUUCUGCAGAACACACUCUGAGUUAUAAUGAAUAGUAUGUUGGCUGUCUAUAGUUUACGGUCUAAAAGUAUUAAUAAAUGUAAAUAUUGAAUGCUAUUUUUUAUCUUACCUGUGCUACAGAAUGUACCUCAUUUGUAGCGGCCUGAUAACUAACAUGAUGCCACAUUGUAAUAAUUUGAGUAUUUUGUUUUUUAGUAACUUCUGUUCCUAGAAGGUUUUGCAGAAAACAAGUUAAGCAACCAAACUGGUUACGUUAAUUCAGGUUCCAAAAACUUUAAUUUCCAGAUGUUGGACUUGUUUUUCUUUGUAUUAAAAAGGUCUUUCUUUCCCGAACCUACCAGCAAGGGGUGACUGUACCACGAAAACUAAUCUUUUAUCUUUUAAUGAUAAAAAUGACAGAGAACAUAUAAUGAAUGCAUCAAAAAGUAAAUAAUGUCAUUGAAGCAGUCAUGGGAUCAGCUUCUCUGUUGAUGGUUUAUUUACAUUUAUAUAUUUAUACUGAAAAUAAACUUUGUAAAACCUGUCUGAAAACAUGUAGUUGCAAAGUCUAGUGUCUCUCUCACCUGACC